AUGAGUGCUCUACCGAGCUCGUUCGUUUCAGUUCAAAAUCCCAAAACCCACUUCUUAGCUGGUUCUUCUUCAAAGCCAAUGUACCAGUGUCUUUUGAACGUUAGCCCCAGUAAUCAAAAUUCCACUUCAUAUAGAAGGCCUCUUGUUGUCCGAGCAGGUGGGGACAGACCAAGUUCUGCGAGUAUCUUUGUUGGUGGGUUUGUAUUGGGGGGGAUUGUUGUUGGAGCAUUAGGUUGUGUAUAUGCGCCUCAGAUAAGCAAGGCACUAGCUGGAGCCGACAGAAAAGAUUUGAUGAGGAAGCUACCAAAGUUUAUUUAUGAUGAAGAGAAAGCUCUUGAGAAAACCCGUAAAAUACUGGCUGAGAAGAUUGCACAGCUAAACUCUGCCAUAGACGAUGUUUCGGCUCAGCUGCAUGCAGAUGAUACCCCAAAUGGAGCUGCAGUGGCUUCAGAUGAAGUUGAAGCUUCCAUAUAA